AUGAUAACAAACCACCAUUUGUUAGAUCAGGUGGGCUCUUCAACGAGAGACCCUGCGUCUGGUCCCAAUAUAAAGGCCCAGAACCCCGACCACAAUCUGGACCAAAACAUCCAAUUUGUAUCCAACUCCCGAAGCUCGGAUAAUGGUAUAGCUUAUCCUGGACAAGCAUUGCUGUCGUCUACUAGAUUUGAUAGCGUUACUGAUAUUACAGAUGUAACUAGUCCGGCCGGUAAUAGUGUAGGUAGUGCGACUAGCGGAGGAGAUACUGGCUUAACUGUGGAAUCUAAUAAAUCCACAUCUAUCGACCCUGCUCCCUCACUCAAUUCAAAUGACCGUAAAAAUCUAGGCAGACCACGGCAGUCCAUGUCGUCAAGCGAGCGCCGAAAGAGAUCUCGAAGAGUUGAUCCAGAUAAGCGAAUUAGAACUGUCAUGGCAUGUCUCAACUGUAAGAAGAGAAAGAAAAAAUGUAACGGAGAAGAACCGUGUUUUUUGUGCAAAGAGCGCAGGCUCGAAUGUAUUUAUGUUCCAAAUGGCUCGCCAAAUGACGAUACUAGCCCCGGUGAACAUGCGAAUGGAAAAAGGCUACACAGUCUAGGGAUAACCAAUUCUCGUCAGAUUCCUUAUAAAACGUAUAUCAACACAGGAGCUAGAGCUAAUAAACAGGCCGACGAGAGUCCCGGACCGAAUUACAGAAUUGAUCCACAUUUAGACGGCAAUGAAAGUAGUCGUAUGUUACGAAGUAAAGCAGGAAGACUCCACUUUGUGGGUGAGAGUUGUACAUUAUCUCUACUGGAGCAGGUAAGAGUGCUAUUUCGACAGACGAUAGGAACCAGUUCAUUCACUGAAGAUCCAGAACGGUUUAACAUGGUUGAAGGUCUUCAGCCCAAGCCCAAUCAUAUCCCUGUACAACUCCCGUCAAGAGAACUGGCAAACAAACUAAUCAGCCUUUUUGAAUCCAAUAUCCACAACUCCACUUACAUCUUAGAUCCUCAAAGAUUCUAUGCUGAUGUUGCAGCGGUUUACAACAAUCCAAUUGCAGCAGACGCCUCUAUGCUGUGUGUUAUACACCUCGUAUUUGCACUUGGAUCUAUCUUUCUGAAUCUGGAAAGAGGUGUAGCAGAAAGUGCAAAAAUCCCAUCUUCUGUGUUCUUUAAUAGCGCACUUACCUUUCUUGACGAGUCUGUUGUGGAUGUGGGCGAGAUAUGGGUGGUAGAGGCAUAUUUAUUAAGCAGUCUCUAUUACGAACUAGUAUGUCGAAGAAACUCUUCAUGGAUCCAGCUUGGAAAGGCUAUUAGAUACGCCCAGGCCCUUGGAAUGGGUCGACCAUGGGCAGACAAAAGUUUUCCAUCUGAGGUCCAAGUACAUCGACAUAGGUUAUGGCAGACCCUAUAUAUUUUAGAUCGGACUAAGAGUAUUCUGUUGGGUCGACCAAUGGCUAUUGAUAAUCGACUGUUUGACAAGGUUUACAAAGAAAGUACUGAUUCCAGCAAUACCAAUUCCUUGAAAGAUAGUUUAUCGGCAGCAGCGACUGCUUCCACUAAUGAAAAAUUCGCCCUUAUUUAUUUGCACUACGUACGACUGUGCGAGGUUCUUGGCAACAUCUAUCAUGAUAUUUAUGAGUCCGAGAGUAUAUACAGCCAAACUGCCCAGACUCUGAUAACGAAAUUAAAGCAGUGGUCAGCAUCUUUCGAACAGAUACAGUCGUUAUUUAGCCAGGAAAACAGUCUAAUGAAGAUGCUUGUUGUUGUGAAUAUUGUAUAUUUACAUGGAAUCGUCCUGCUGACGAGACCAUUUCUGUUCUACACGGUAGCCAAAAAGGUACAACUAAAAAAUACCCAGCUCGACGAGGCGUUGAAGAGUUUUGAAACACUUUCUGUUGCAUGUGUACAAGGAAGUAUUGCGACCAUCAGGCUUAUUGUGUCAGUAUUCAAUCAAGGACUGCAGCCUGCUCGAUCACCAAUCAUGGUCUAUGCUGUGUUUACGAACGGGACGAUAUUUUUGCUGGAAGCGUUUCAAUGUCGAGUCACCAACAGUCCAUUAGACCAGGGAGUGUCGUGGGCCAUAUCCAGCUGUCUAAACAUUUUAUCUAACUACUGUUCGGACGAUGUUUCGGCGAAGCGAUACCAUUCCAUUCUAAUGCAGAUGAACAGUGCAGUGUUUUCUGGCUGGCAGCCUCGACAAUCGCUUGAGAAUGGACAGCCCGUUCCCGACCAAUCGCAGCAGCAACCACAACCACAACAACAGCAACAGCAGCAAUCUCUACAAGAUACCAGUCUCGGGUCCUUAACAGGAUUGUCCCAAUCAGCACAACAAAUAGUUCCACUAAGUGCACCAUCGAUCUCGUUCAACGGCACACCUCUGACUGGCUCGACACACAUGUCUGAACACCCACAACAGGCUCAACAACAGUCUCUCCAGCCUGCCGCAUUUGAAAUUCUGUUCAAUCUCAACGAUGUCGACUUCGACGAGGCCUUCGACCACUGGUCCUUCACACCACUGGGUCCCAUAAUGGCGCCAGCGCCGAAUUCCACCAACACCAGCGGUACCAGACAAACCAACUCACUAACAGGCCCCGUAAAUGUUGACAGCGACACGACACCCGACUCAACCAACGACUCGAACGCCUACGCACGAUUCCUCCUGUCCGAAUUCGAGCCCGCAGACUCUGUACUCCUAUCUGGGUUCUGA